GUUUUGCUCUCGGCGGUCGCACACAUAAUCGAAAAUGUGGUUUAUACUGGUUUCACUUUUAUCGUGCGUGAUUGCGACGUUUUAUAUUUACGUUAAACAAUGUCAUAAUUAUUGGGAGAAACAGGGUGUGCCAUAUGUGAAACCAACGUUUUUCUUUGGUAAUAUUAAGGAUACCGCGCUGGGAAAAAAGACUCUUUUUCAAAUCAUCGCUGAAAUUUACAAUAAAUUCCCGGAUUGUAAAUAUGUCGGAGUUUACCAAUUUCUGGAACGUACAGUAGUUAUCCGUGACCCCGAAUUAAUUCAUGAAAUGUUAGUCAAAGAUUUCGCGCACUUUUCUGACAAUCCAAUGGGUGUAGAUGAAAAUGCUGAUUAUAUAACAGCGAAAAACUUGUUUUUCCAAAAAGGUGACUCGUGGAAAGCAACCAGACCUUUAUUAACUCCAAUGUUUAGCAGUGGUAAAUUAAAGUAUAUUUUUCCUUUCUCGGAAGAAGUAGCGCAACGCAUGAUAAAAUACCUCGCAAAAGAAAUCGAUGCAAACCGAGGAAGUUGCAUGGACGGUAAACUGUUGUGUCAUAAAUAUACGAUUGAUAAUGUUGCGUCAUCAGCAUUCGGAUUAGAUGCGAAGGCGUUUGAAGGUGAAACCAAAUUCAGAAUGGUUGUUCAAGGAUUCAACGAUGUUUCAUUUCUAAACUCAGUGAAAUUUUUGUUAUUGUUCAUGUUUCCUAAUUUGAACAAAUUUUUAAAGAUUAGAUUCUUUAAAAAAGAAGUUGAAGAUUAUUUGACAGAAGUAGUGAGUGAGACAUUACGUUACCGCAAAGAGAAUAAUAUCGUACGAAAUGAUUUCUUUGAUCAAAUCGCUGCAUUGAAAGAAAAAUCAACAGAAAUUCCGUUUACUGAUCGUGAUGUUGUUGCGCAAGGCGGAGGAUUCUUUGUGGAUGGUGUUGAGACGAGUGCUAGUGUUGCUAGUUUUGUUCUAACUGAAAUCGGGCUUCAUCCAGAGGUUCAAAAGAAAACUCGUGAAGAAAUUAAAAAAGUUAAAGCCGCGCAUGAUGGCAAAUUAACUUAUGAAGGUUUAAAUGAAAUGCAUUACUUGGAUUGUGUUAUAAAUGAAAACCCUGGUGAUACGAUUAUGUUACCAAUUGACGGUUUCAAUUUCAAUCCUGAUUAUUAUCCAGACCCGUACGAGUUUAAACCGGAACGAUUUUCUGAUGAAAAUAAAGAUCAAUUGGUGAAGCAUAUAUUUAUGCCGUUUGGUAUGGGACCUAGGCAUUGCAUUGGCAUGCGAUUUGCCAUAAUGCAAAUUAAAUUGAUUGUUUGUGCUGCCAUUGAGAAUUAUCAAUUGGAUAUAAAUGAGAAGAUGCUACCGAUUGAAGUUCAUCCGGUUUCGUUUUUGAAGACACCUUUGAAGGGAUUUUGGUUUGAUUUUAGUAAACUGCCAGAAGAAGCGUAUUUCAAAAUGUGGUGUGUGCUAUUGAUGCUUUUGGCUUGUGCUGUUGUGACGUUUUAUAUUUUUGUGAAACAACGCCAUAGUUAUUGGAAAAAACGUAAUAUACCUCAUGAAAAACCAAAGUUUUUCUAUGGUAAUAUGAAAGAGGUUGCUCUUGGAAGAAAAACACUGUAUCAGCAAUUUCAAGACAUUUAUAAAUCAUUCAAAGAUUGUAAAUAUAUUGGAGUUUAUAAAUUUCUGGACCGUGCUGUGAUUAUUCGAGAUCCAGAUCUGUUGAAUGAUAUGUUAGUCAAAGAUUUCCAGCACUUUACUGACAACGAAAGGUUCGCUGAUCUAAAACACGUUUUUUCACUUUCUGAAGAAGUGGCACAACGUAUGACAAAAUACAUCCAAAAAGAAAUAGAUGCCAAUCGAGGACAAUGCAUGGACGGAAAAAAUUUAUGUCAAAGAUAUACAAUCGAAAAUGUAGCAAAUUGUGUCUUUGGUGUAGAUGCCAAAGCAUUUGAAGGCGAAUCAAAGUUCUUCAUGGUCGUCCAAGACUUCAAUGACCAAUCAUAUUUAAACGCGUUGAAGUUUAUGAUGCUGUUUUAUUUCCCUGGAUUAAAUAAAUUCCUAAAAGUUAAAUUCUUCAAAGAUGAAGUUGAAGAGUAUUUGACUGCUGUAGUCGGAGAGACUGUAAAAUAUCGCCAAGCAAAUAAUAUAAUACGCAAUGACUUCUUGGAUCAAAUUAGAUCUUUAAAAGACAAAUCAGCAGAGUAUCCGUUUACGGAUCGUGAUGUGGUCGCACAGGCAGCUGGAUUUUUUCUUGAUGGCGUUGAGACGAGUUCUGGUAUUGCUAGUUAUGUCCUAGCCGAAAUUGCUUUACAUUCUGAAGUGCAAAAGAAAGUCCGUGAAGAAAUCCAUAAGAUCAAAACUGCACAUGGUGGAGAAAUAACGUACGAAGGUCUUCAGGAAAUGACAUAUUUGGAUUGUGUUAUAAAUGAAUCUUUACGAUUGAAUAGUCCAUUUGGUGGUUUAUCAAAAAUUUGUACCAAAACUUACACUCUUCCUGAAGUAAGUGAGACAAACAAAACUCGUCUGGUGUUGAAUCCUGGUGAUGCGAUUUUUGUACCUCUUGACGGUUUACAUUAUAACCCAAAGUUUUUCCCCAAUCCAACUGAAUUUAAGCCAGAAAGAUUUUUUGAAGAAAACAAAAAUCAUUUGACAAAAAACACAUUUAUUCCGUUUGGAAUUGGUCCACGCCAAUGUAUCGGAAUGCGCUUUGGUUUCUUACAAAUCAAGCUGAUUAUCAGUGCAAUUAUUGCCAAUUAUCAUGUUGAUAUUAACAAGAAAAUGUUGCCAUACAAGGCGCAUCCAACAGCAUUCCCCAAAACACCUCUAAAUGGAUUCUGGUUUAAUUUUAGUAAAAUUUAACAAUUAAAAUGAGAACAUUUAACGUUUUAAAUUCUAUUGUUCAACUACGUAAAACAUAAAAUUGCAUACUAUGUUAAAUACUUAGCAAACACAUUUUGCGUGUACUGCAAGAAGCUGAAGAGUACCUGCAGAGCGAACGAAGUACUCUUGUGGGCUUGCUGACACCUCAACACCCGCUACACUGUUUUGAGUGAACUUGAAUAUAAAAUUCUCUAUUUUACUGUUUUAUUCAAGCCUCCAUUGUCAUAAAUCCUCAAAAGCAAUAAAAAUAAUUGUAAAAUUA